AUAGAUGUUAAUCAACGGCAUUCAUUAUGUCAAAACCAUUCCCCGGAUAAAUCCCUCACCUCCCUGAACACCAAAUCACCAUAAAUAAUCCCACUCUGUUCCCCAUUUUCAUCUCCUCCCUGUUCUCCAUUUCUAAGAAGACACCGUCAAUUCAUCAUCAUCAUCAAUGUCUGGGCGUGGCAAGGGAGGAAAGGGAUUGGGGAAGGGAGGAGCCAAGAGGCACAGAAAAGUCCUCCGAGAUAACAUCCAGGGUAUAACGAAGCCUGCCAUUCGGCGGCUGGCCAGAAGGGGUGGUGUAAAGCGCAUUUCUGGGUUAAUCUAUGAAGAAACUCGAGGGGUUCUCAAGAUCUUCUUGGAAAAUGUCAUCCGUGAUGCUGUUACCUACACCGAGCAUGCCAGAAGAAAGACUGUGACUGCGAUGGAUGUUGUUUAUGCUUUGAAGAGGCAAGGCAGGACUCUUUAUGGGUUUGGUGGGUAGAUAAUUUGUUAAGCAGCAGUCUUGCUGUCAAGAAACUUAUCUAAAACUAUUAGGCUACUGCUGUUUUAAUCAAAUUAGGUGCUGUGGAAUGUAGUUUUGAUGCUGAUGAAAUGAAUAUUUUGCUUCUUAUGAUUU